GUGUUAAUUGAAUUCAGUUUCUACCAUCAUGCAGUAUGCUCGAGACAAUUGAGAGGUACCAGAAGUGCAGCUAUAAUGCAUCAGACGCAAUAGUUCCUCCAAAGGAGACACAGAACAGUUAUCAUGAAUAUUUGAAGCUGAAAGCUAGAGUUGAAUUUCUACAGCGUUCUCAAAGAAAUCUUCUUGGUGAAGACCUUGGUCCAUUAAGUGUAAAGGAUCUCGAGCAACUUGACAAUCAAAUAGAGAUAUCUCUGAAGCACAUCAGAUCAACAAAGACCCAAUUAAUGCUUGAUCAGCUAUGUGAUGUUAAGCGCAAGGAACAAAUGUUGCAGGAAGCUAACAAACUUGAGAAGAAAGGUAUCAUAAUUCAUCAAAUUGAUAACUAA